AAUCAUUACAUCUUGCUGCCUCUCCAAUCAUGCAGGUGUUGUCCGCAACAUCUUCAUCACAACCCAAUUCCGAAUCAUCAUCUUUAUUACACACAGCAACAAUUAAUACAACAAUCAAUAAGCCAACGAAUAGUAACAAGGCAUCCGAAGAACUUUUCAAUGAAUUCAAUGAAAAAUCAAGCAACAAUACUCCUUCAGCAGCAUCAUCAUUGAAUGUAACCUCCACACUGUUCACUCUUCCCAAUACUGAUAGUUUACCUGUACCAAACCUCCUCAUCAAACCUCGAACAAAAAACAAAAAAGAAAACCAUGAAGAAGAAACAAUCGGAUCAGAUUUUCAUGAAUCAGUCAGUGAUUUUCAAUCAUGAAGGAAAGAAACAGAGAAAUAAGACUAUUUAUUCAGUGAAUCAUCCAAAGGUUUCGAAUCAGUUACGUAAUUUUCAUUUUCAAGUGGGUGAGGAAGUUAAGGUCAAUGUGUGUGAAUGUAAAUCAGAGAAAAAGACUGAACAUUUCGAUAGGAUUAUUAUAGAACAUUUGGGAUAUACGAAUCAGCAUAAUAUGGAUGCAUCGAAAACUAUUGCAAUUGAAUUUGUAAAUGUGUUGGCUUUCAAGAGGAGGAAGAAUGACUCGAAAAUAUUGUGGAUUUAUGAAUCGGUUGUGUUGGAAUUGUUGAAUUCUGAUUCUUCUGAUAAUAGUCAACACACUUCAAUGAAUGAAUCACCUGUUUUAAAGAGAAAAUUGGAUAGUAUGAGCGAAUCAGAUCAGAGUAGUACGAGUAAUGGCAGUACAGUUCAUAACUCAAAUUUGGAAGAUGAAUUUGAAAAGUGCUUUUUGGUAGCCGCUAAUCCAUUCAUUGAUUCGAAUUUACUUUCUAAUAUUGAUGAAGAACAAACAAAGAGAAGUAAGCUCGAUACCAAGAUUGAGAAUCUCUACCUAGAAAGUAUUGAACCAGAGGAUGCCCCGUCGAAAAAGCCAACACUAUUUCAAUUAUCAUUAGAUUUGAAUAUUGAACAACCAUAUCACUUGUUCAAUCCAAUGAUGAAACAUUUCUGUUUGGAUUUUGUUUCAUUAGCUGAGGAACAGACAACCUUUGAUGCAGUCAUUAUUAGUGUACAACCAAUUAUUACAAAUAUGGCUUCACUGAAGGGAAAGAAAUUUGAAUUGAUUGGAAAAACACCAAUCAUAUCAAUGUAUGAUAGUGUAAAUACUUUUGUAAGAUUAUGUGUAGAUACUCAAAUUUUCAUUUGUCAAAAUUCGAAUGAGGGAAAGCUAUUCUUCUACUUUUAUGGAGAGGACAAGAGAAUGAGAAGUGAACAAAUUAUUCAAAAUCCAAAUGUUUAUUCAAAGCAAUCUGAUGUGGAAAAUUACAACUCAAAGACUACUAAUGAAAAUAUGAAUCAAAAGGAUUCUACAUAUUCUGAUUUGAUACUCUUUGAAUUUGGGAGUGAAGACAACUUUCUAUUCGAACAAUUCAAGAAUGUUAAUUUAGAACCAAAGAAAUCUAGAAACUUACUCUUUGACAGAUAUUUGGAACUUAAAAAAGAAAUGAAUGACAGUGAAGAAGCAAUCAAAGCCCUGGUCCAUAUUCAAGAUGCACUUGGCUUUACCUUGUUGAUGCAUUUUGCAGCACGAAAUAUGGUAGAAGAGGCAAGAGAGUGUAUUUAUUGGAAGGCAAAUAUUUCACAACAAGAUUCGUUUGGUCAUGAUGCCUUAUUCUGGAGUAAUUACUUUAAGGCACAUUUGGUUACAGAGCUACUCACAGAGAUCAUCUCUGAAAUAGACCAAACAAGAGGUGACAGAUCUGAUGAAAUUGCAUUCCAACAACAAAUAAGAUUUGGUUUGGUGAAUGCAUCUUCAAGAUUGGAAAAACGUAACAUCAAAGCAUUCAAUGAAAAUAACGGCUGUUCAACUGAUUUUUCCAAUGAAGAAGAAAAUGCAACUAUUCUCAAAUAAAAUCUUGAAUAUCUUGGC